AUUUUAUUUCUAUCGCCAUUUCAUUUCUGUCAUGAGAUGGAGAAUUUGUAAAGUUGUAAAGUGAGAUAGAAAUAAAAUAAUUAAGAUUUUUUAAUAUUAAUAGUAAAACAUUGUUGUAAUUAAGUUUACUAACGCCUGAUUUAAUGUUGAUUUCUAUUAUGAAGGGAAAGGUUAUGUGAAAUUGUGAUAGAAAGAUGUUCACUACCAAUGCCGUGCAGACCGGCACAGUGCCGACACUGCAGUACCAAGAGCAUCCAGCUCAAAAAGUUCAGGCUAAAACCAUCGAGACUGUUCAGCAGAAAAAUGCACAGCAAACUCAACAAGGCCAGCAGCAGCAGGAGUUUCCUACAUUUUGCUACACAACAAACGUUAAUAUGCUCAGCAAGAUCGGCACUGGUGCAACUAGUGGAGCCGGCGGAGUAGCUGGAAGUGUAAACAUUGCACAAUUGACAACAAGUGAUGAUAAGACUUGCUACAUCGCUCAACCAUUCUCUUACAACUAUGCCCUAGUAAACCAAAUGCAGAUAGCCCCAAAUGGCAUACAAAAUACUAUAUCCAAUAUCAGUUUCAAGUGUGAUGUUUGUGGACUUAUGUUUGGUCAUCUCAGUUUACUUAAUGCUCAUAAACGGAUACAUGCACAAGAUACAGAUAGCAACAUCACUGUAGUGGCUACGGGAGUGAGCACUAACAAUGAAGUGACAAUGCCCCCCCACAUUCAGAUUAUGUCAUCAGACCCCAAUGAACAACAGCAACACCAUGUACAGAUUCAGGACACUAAACCAGUUAUUCUAGACAAAAUACAGAAGUGCAUUACAUGUGGCGGGCCCAUUGCAAAUAACCCUAAGAGAAAAGGACCAAAACUAAUCCGCUGUGAGAAUUGUAUUGCUCAAGACAAUGUGGAACAGAGGAAUAAUCAAAUUAACACAACCCAAAUAUUCGUUGCGUCCGAAGAGAAUGUGAAAUUUGAAGUAAGUGGUGUUAGUGGAGGGCAGCCGACGGAUCCACUGGGGAAUGCACAAACAAACCAACAAACGCAACAACAGCAACAACAAAAACCUUUACCUGGCCAUCAUCCCGUAAAAAAGAGAAACUUGGCAUCAGUUACUAAGUGUCAAAAUUGCAAUGGAUCGGGCAUAAUAUUUGUUGGCGGUAACAAAAACAAACUUAACCAAAACAAUGCAGACAAGCCAUUCCACUGUAAUAUUUGCGGUGGUUCAUUUUCGAGAUACUCCUCCUUAUGGUCUCAUAAAAAGCUACAUUCAGGGGAGAAAAACUUUAAAUGUGGCAUUUGUGGCAUUGCUUUUGCCAAAGCGGUCUAUCUUAAAAAUCAUUCUAGAAUACAUACGGGAGAGAAACCAUACAGAUGUAACACAUGUGGGAUGCAAUUUUCACAAUCGCCGCAUUUAAAAAAUCACGAAAGGACUCAUUCUGGAGAAAAGCCAUAUGUUUGCGAGGUAUGUGACAAGGGCUUUGCUAGGCACGCUACAUUAUGGAACCACCGGCGUAUUCAUACAGGAGAGAAACCUUACAAAUGUGAAACAUGCGGCUCGGCGUUCAGCCAAGCUGCGCACUUGAAGAACCACGCCAAAGUGCACUCCGGCGAGAAGCCCUUCAAAUGCGACAUAUGUACGGCCGCUUUCGCGGAUCGAUUCGCACUCAAGAGGCAUCGAGGCAUACACGAUAAAUAUGGUCAAACUACGCCUCUAGCUUCGAGACUUCAAGAGCAAACUGCGCAGAAAACAAAUAGUGAACAGCAAAACGCACAACCCGCAGUUGAGGUGGAGCAUCAUUCUGAACAGACACUUUGAGUCUAGGAUUAUUUUUAAGUUAUUUAAUAACAUCCACCCACAAAAAGGGCGACUACUGAAUUGCACUCUCAGCUGCAACGAGGUAAAGCGCGACGUUGCUAUAGUUUCACAAUAUGUGAUUUAUAAUCUUAAAUGGAGGAAUGUAGACCAAUUAUUUUUCUCUAUUCGAGAUUACAAAAGAUAAAGUCCACAUUGAGACAAGUAUUUCAAACUUUAUCAAAUUUCUUUAAACAGAUUGUCACAUAAGUUUCAGUUGUGUAAGGAAUUGUAAUGAAAUAAUUGUAUUGCCUCUGACAACGGUUCAAGUUUAUCCCAUCAUAAUGCACAAAUGAUUAAACUUCAAUGCUUAUGAAAUGUGCUUUUUUGUUACUUUUACAUAAUUCUCUGUACUUGGUGUAACUCAUGUUAAAAUGCUUGUUUCUCCUGUAAAUGUGAAAUGUAAAGGAAUAUGUUAACAUAACACUGCCAUUACUUUAUUGUUGGUGAAAUAAUUGAAUAUACAGUAUUUGAUAGAGUGGACUUAUUUCCCUAAAUAAUCAUAUGUGGUUUUUUUAAAGGUAUCCGUUAUAUUCUUGUUUUACUGACUGUAAUUUAUUUUCACAUUUUGUCUAAGGUCUCCUGAUUGACUUUGGAAGUAGCUAUUUUGCAUAUAAAUUUUAUUUUUGAAGACUCAAGACCAAACACCAUUGGUUAAUCGACUUUGCAAUUAUAGAUCGGAACAUUUUUUUACCAUAAAGAAGUUUAUUGGUGGAAUGAUUUUAUAAACAUAUUGUAUAAAGGGAAGUUAAUUUUUAUUGUGCUAAUGACGAAAUUCCUAGUUUCUUAUCAUAGUAGGUAGAAAGGUCACUUUGCUGUCUGAACAACUCCAACUUGUAACUUACUACAGUACAGACAUUGUAGAUGAUUAUUUGGUCUGUAAUUUACUACCUUUAUGUUGUAAUUUUUCACACAUGUACAUAUUAGAUGUAAUGAAUUUUAUAUUAGCAGCGUAUGUGAUUUAGUAUCUUGGCAUAUCCAAUGAUAAAUUAUGGUAAUUAAUUUAUGAUAAUGAUAGAUUGAAUGGGUUAAAACUAUUUACAUUUCAAUAAAAAAUAUAGUACAUCCCAUCUAUAAUUCUCUAUUAUUAUGUAAUUUUGUAAGGUAGACUUGAAUUUACUACUACUCACUGAAAAUACUAGAAAUAUAGGAAAAUUUGUCUAAACAAUGAUUUUUCUUUUUAUUU